UCCGUCUCUGCACAUUAAUUAUUCCCACGGUCUCCAGAUAGGCUGUUAAUGCGGUUUUUUCGCGGUGCCCGCUGUUUUAAUGCGUUUUCCGAGUUUCUAACAAAUAAUUCACUCUGUCUCGGGCGCGUGAUGCACCGCAAAUUGAAAGAUGCCGCGAAAGAGCUCUUGAGUCAGGUGCACACACCUCCUCCGGCAAAAACUACGCACUCAGCUCUGUCUGCCUCAGACUGAACCGUUUUAGGCUCACGGAAGGAAUAGGCGCAUAAUCUCAACGCGACAGCACGUUCAGCUCCUCGGUAUUAACAAGGAAGACACGCGAAGGACUGCCAUCCAUGAGCUGUCGUGUCCAGUGACCCGCUGGCGAUGGGAUCUGACCGGCAUACUGAUCCGCUCCGCCAGCAGCGUCAGCAGCACCGGAGAGCGCGACAGACGCAAGAACGCCUCGCGCGCCACUUUGGUUUUCGUUAGAGUUGCUCUCUUUUUUUUUGCGUUUGUAGUAUUUUGAUGUUGGUCUCGUCGUCGCGCAUGCGUUGCCGUGUAGUUGAAUUUUCUGGAGCGCUUCUUCAGACUAAGUUUGGGCUGCUGCUUCUCGGUCGAUGAUGAGAGGGAUGCUGAUCGCUCGGGGUCACUGGCGCGCGGGGAUCUUGUGUCUCCUUGUGCUCGUGGCUUUGACGGUGGGUCGUAGUCCGCCAGCGCACAGUGUAAACGAACCAAGCAACAUGUCAUAUGUCAAAGUCACUGUGGAUAAACUACUCAAAGGCUAUGACAUCCGUCUCAGGCCUGACUUUGGAGGUCCUCCGGUUGAUGUCGUUAUGAGUAUCGACAUCGCCAGUAUCGACAUGGUGUCGGAAGUGAACAUGGACUAUACCAUCACCAUGUAUUUCCAGCAGUCUUGGCGUGAUAAGCGCCUGUCCUACACAGGGAUUCCUCUCAAUCUUACUUUGGAUAACCGAGUAGCUGAUCAACUCUGGGUGCCUGAUACUUACUUUAUAAAUGACAAGAAAUCUUUUGUCCAUGGGGUCACAGUGAAGAAUCGCAUGAUUCGUCUGCAUCCUGAUGGGACUGUGCUCUAUGGGCUCAGGAUAACUACCACAGCUGCUUGUAUGAUGGAUUUGCGCAGAUACCCGCUGGAUGAGCAGAACUGCACGCUGGAGAUUGAAAGUUAUGGCUACACCACAGAUGACAUUGAGUUCUACUGGCAGGGAGGAAGUUCAGUGACGGGGGUGGACAACAUUGAGCUGCCGCAAUUCUCUAUUAUUGAUUAUAAAACACUGUCUACGAAAGCGGUGUUUGCCACAGGGUCAUAUCCUCGUCUGUCUCUCAGUUUUAAACUGAAGAGAAACAUUGGAUAUUUCAUCCUGCAGACCUACAUGCCCUCAACAUUGAUCACCAUCCUGUCUUGGGUCUCUUUCUGGAUCAACUAUGAUGCUUCCGCUGCAAGAGUUGCACUAGGAAUCACCACCGUUCUGACUAUGACCACAAUCAACACUCAUCUUAGGGAGACUUUACCUAAGAUCCCUUAUGUGAAGGCCAUAGACAUCUAUCUGAUGGGCUGCUUUGUCUUUGUGUUCCUGGCCUUGCUCGAGUAUGCCUUCGUCAACUACAUAUUCUUCGGCCGUGGUCCACACUUACAGAAGAAAGUGGCAGAAAAAGCUGCAAAAAGCAACAAUGAGAAGAGUCGCUUGGAGAGUAACAAAGUUCAGGUUGAUGUCCAUGGAAACAUUCCCCUGACAAACCUUGACCUGCGCCUUAGCGGGGCAGAGAUGUUAGGUGCUCUUGGGGACCCGAGGAACACCAUGUUCUCUUAUGAUAGUGCCAGCAUCCAAUACCGUAAGCCCCUUACAGGUCGGGACCUCUACGGCCGGCCCACUGCCCCUGUCGAGAGGCCAAUGGCACGAAAAAAGAGUCGUCUAAGGAGGCGAGCCGCUCAGCUAAAGGUGAAGAUUCCAAACCUGACAGACGUAAACGCCAUCGACAAGUGGUCACGUGUCAUCUUUCCCAUCACCUACACCUUCUUCAACUUAGUAUACUGGUUGUAUUAUGUCCACUAGGGAGCAGCACUGACUCGACCCAGCCAUUCACACAUCAGGUCAGGCUCUUACCCUCCUUGUGGUUUUGACUGUCAGUCAGACAGGAGGAGGAGGUGCAUUCUGUAGCUAGCACUUCUCUGUAAAUUAUUAAACUAUAAAGAAUAUAUCAUAUAAAUCUAUAUUAUAAUUUUUAAAUAAGACAAAAUAACUUAAAAUAUCUACCCAACCUUUAAAGCUGUUUAUUGUAGAUUAUGUCACAAAUAUUAGUUUAAAAAUGUCUCAGAUUUUUGCACUUUGCUUCUGUAGGAUCAGUUUCACUGACUGCAGAAAGUACAGCUUCACAAUGGGGAGAAAAAGGCUUUUCUGACCUGCAGCUGUAGACAGGCUUAAAUCUUUAAAACAGCAUUUGGAAGUUGUUUUCAUCGUCCAUCUUGCAUAUAUUAGAGGACUGAAGGUCUUAAAGGGAUGUUCUUGGUUUGUUACAAGCUCUAUUGACAACAUUUGUGGUAUAAAUUUCAAUACAACAGAAAAUAAUUUUAACUAAUCCCUCAGGUUUUAUAAUUGCAAUUGGGAAAAGAAAUACAAAUGACUUUUGUCUGGUACUUUUAUACCCAGUAGAUUUUUAUUAAAAUUGUAUCCCUUUGUUUUACAACAAUGCAAGCAUUUGGGUAUUUUGUUUUAUUUUAUUUUUUAGAAAACCAAUAGUUAUUUAGUAUAGUGAAAUUGUUUCUGUUUGAGGUCAAUAUGACCCUGGCAAAAGAUUAGGAAAAGUCUAAUUCUGCUUGGUAUUUGCUGUAUUAGUAUUUAAAUGUGGCUACAGUAAGACACUUUACAUAAUAAUACCACAUAACAUAAGUUAUUCAUAUUGGCAUGCCAUGCUUGGAAAUAUGGACAAUAUGCUCAUGGAUACCUGAAAUUGAUGUGAAAGUUGUACACUGCAAGACUAAAUGUGCAGUCUCGUAUACUUUUAUAGUUACUGAAGAUAAGUUCAUUUACCUCCAAUAGUAAUCCCUUAAAAAGUAAUUUUAUAGUCAAUUGUUGGAGCUUAACUUGAACGAAAACCUGGAACAUUCCUAUAAAAUCAAGACCUUCUGCCCCAGUUUAGACACAUCACAUACUGUAGAUUAAACCUGUUUGUCUUAGUAAGAUUUUAGCUACUCUGCUACCAAGAAAUGGGCAAAAGAGCUCAUCAUCUGGGUUACACUAUUUAUAGGGCUUGGUUAAGACUACACUUAAAAAAAAUAUUAUCUGUCUAUAUGUAACACACUUGUUCUCUAUUAUCAAAUGUAGUCAGCCUGCCAGGAACGGAUGUCCUUACAUCAGCAUGACGACACAUGAUGACAAGCAGGAUAUGAGUUUAAAGUCCUCACAGUAUGUAAAUUUGUACAUUAAAACAUAUCAGGUAUUGAAAGAUGAUGUCAUCAUGUUUUUCUCUACUCUUUCUUAUAAACCAACAAAUCCUGCAUAUUUCAUUCAUAGCAGCAGUUGAAUUUUAUACUGUAAAACCCAAUAUAUAAAAUCCAAAUCCAUUAGCAAGAGAUUAAAAGACAAAACGGUUUCAGGAAAGUGAUAUAUUAGUUUCUGUUGUUCAGUAUUUGACUCAGAAUCCUAACAUUAUUGCAAUCUAACUGUAGCUAUGAUUUUAUAUAUAUGCAUUGUUUUAGGGAUGUAGUUAUAACUAUUUAUAUAGGAAGUGACUUCACAGUAUUUACCUUACACAUUUGCAUUUAGCUUUAAACUGUGCUAUUCACUGUGAGUUAUAUAUUAUCCAAGCUCACCAAAAUGGCUAAUAGGACUUAAUAACAAAUUAGAUUUUUCUUCUUUAUGGCUAAACUUGUGCCUUUUAAGAAAAAAACAAACAAACAUGUAUUUUACAGGGUUUAACAUACAACAACAGAGUAGAAAUAUUCUGAAUGGAUUUCCACUUUUCUAUAGAACAAAUAUAACUUAAGGGUGCCACACAUAAUCAAAAUUAAAGGUACUUUCAAGGGCUUUUCCAAUGCCCUGCAUUAAUAUUCAGUAUAAUAUUAGAAAUAAAUCAAAUGCGUUUGGCAUGUAAAUAAAUUGCUUGCAUUGCAGCACUCUUUUUGUUUCAGUGACAAUCUGACUGGGACAUGAGCUGCUCAGUUUGUUGUCCAGGAGUGAAUUAACUUUAUGAAAUUCUCCAUUAAUUCUAAUCAAAUACUGGCAAUGUAAAAAACAAAGCAUAUUCACACGCUCCAGCCAGAAUCAGCAUGAAUACACAAACACGUGCACAUAAAAGUGAAGUUAUAUUUAACUUUUGAUAGGCCAUCUAUCAUUCAUACAUGGUGUUUUGGCUUGAGAUGCCUACAACAGCAAAUGCCAAAAAAAGAAGAAAAAAAAAGAAAAGAAAAAGUAUUUUUAAAAACAGUAUCCUAUUAUCUGUGUAUGAUUUCUGUAAUUUCACUCAUGCUAUUGGCCAGUGCACUUUCGAGCAGAUGUGGAGUGUGUCGAAGGAGAAUUUACGGUCACUGAAUAAGACAGGGUGUUUGUAUUUGAGUUUAUGUAUUUAAGCCUAGGACUGCAACCACAGUUGUUCUUAAGGAUACUUUAUUUUAAAUCAUAGACAUUUAAAUAAAAUAUCUCACCAAACAUAAUGUGAAGAGCUGAUUUUUGUACUCGAUUGCUUUGUUGUUGCAUUACCACAUGGCAUUGGUGUUUUGUGAGCUGGGAAGUCUAAUAAUCAAUGAUGGACACUGAAUUAACUGGGAAAUAAAUAAAAAAAGGGUUAAUUGUUCUCAUAAACCAAUCACCCUUGGCUCUUCAGGGAAUGGACCUAUUAAGAUGAUCUGACAGUAAUGAAGACAAAAUUCCAUUCAUACAACACACUUGAUUUAAU